UAUGAUAAUGUUAAUCUAUUAAAGCUCAUUUACCAUAUUGGUUUAUCACGAUCCGGUCGUGUAGCAGUGUGGUGUAGGGCGACAAGAAAACCUAGUAAAAUGUGAAGUACUUAACGAUUUCGGUGGAGGGCCUGUACAAUCCGGACUAUCAGUGAGGAGUCAUAGGGAUAUUAGCAAGGUAGACCACACAGGGUAAAAUAUGGAAUCACAUGAUCAUCACAACGUUGAAGGAAAUCCGCCCAAUCCGGGUUCCAGCAUCCACGAUCAUAGUAUCCAUGACAACGGCAACACUAGUUCCCAUGGCCACCAAGGACAUAUCACUAGUCACACAGACGACCACGCGGGCCACCCUAGUUUCUUCAACUUCGACACAGCAUUUACAAUUCUAUUUAAAGAUGUAGAAAUCCAAGACUGUUGGGGACUAUGUGCGGUCUGUUUCUUCUUUUUUCUACUUACACUAGUCUUCGAGGUCUCAAAAGAUUUCCGGCAGAUGAGAUGGUAUCCGUUUGACAGGAAAUCUACACGAAUAAAGCAUCAUAUUUUCCAAACGAUUUUAUAUUUGGUACACAUUUUCAUUGGAUACUCAAUGAUGUUCGCAGUGAUGACGUAUAACGUGUGGCUGACGUUGAGCGUUGUGAUUGGUGGAGGAUUUGGCUACUUUAUACAUGUCCUCUCACGCCCUCUAUUAUUAAAACGGACAUAUGGAUUUAUAUUCAAAUCAGGCGAUAUUGUAGAGGUAGAUAAUGAACAGCUGAGUGAGUUGAAUCCUCAAGCCAGCGAUCUCAAAAGUCCUACCAAAGAAACAUUCAUAAGUGACUGCCCUAAUUGUGAACGGUUAACCACAAUCUAGUAAUUCCUAAAAUAUUGAAUAUAUAUGAGUGGAUAAUGUUAAAGGGACUACUUAACAACUUUCAUGUUUUAAUUACGUUCAUCUUGAUUUUGAUUUAAGUCAUGCAAUUCUUUUAUUUCCUUAUUCAGGAAAAAUGAGGGAAUUCGGCUUAUCCGUCUUUAUGAUAAAAUUCUACAAAAUACAAACAACAUUGCUCAUUUGGACAAAGAUGAAGUUCUAGAUCUUUAUGUACCUGCCCUAUUGCAUUUUCCAAGUCGAUUAGUGACACGUGAAGGAGUGGAACUCGAUAAUACGGAGUUUAAGCUUGCAAUGUUUCUCACAACCUAAACGCGAGUAUUUGCGAAAAAUAAAGCGAUGCAUUUGUAUGGGCG